GUUUAUAUCACGUGGUACACAGAGGUUAGCAGAACACCAUUGCGGGCAGUGUGUGUGAAACAGACUACAGGAGCAUGGGCAAGACGAAGACAUUAGCCAAGAAAUCAGGGCAUCGCUGUCCGAUGUGUGCAGCAAGAUUCGAAGAUAUGGAUGCUUGGUCAAGGCAUCUGAUAGAAUGCGGAAACAGACAGAUGUCAUUGAAAAAGUACGAGUGCCCAAGUUGUGAUUAUGCCGCUGCGAAAAAAUGUGAUUUAGACAGACAUCAAAAGCGCUCUGGUCAUAGCGAACCACAACCGAACUCAGAUAGUGAUGACGACUGGGAGGAACAAGACCAGGGGUAUAUCCUUAGUCCACAGUCUGUGAAACAGGAACCGGAAUGGAGUGUUACGUUGAAUCGAGAGGAAGGCGAUUUUAAAGAUGAGGCAGUUGGUAGUAGUUUUAGUGUCGCGGCGCCUUGUUUGUUACCAGAGGCAUCACAAAGUCUUGACACAAGUAUCAGAAAGCGGCCUGCUUCGAUGUCACCAGUAUCCUCUAAACGGAAAGUAAUUAGGCCAAGUUCUGACUUGGCAUCGGUUGAGAGUACUGAGAACUUGGCACAAGACCAAUAUACGAAUUAUAAUAUAAUUACAGUCGACGUUAGUACACAAACGGAUGCUCCGGUGAAAACAAAGAUGUGGAGAAAGACAGUCAAAUAUCAGAAGAAAGGGAAAACCAUUGAAGAGGUUACCGAGGAAAAUUGGACAGAUUAUUAGUCGUCAAGAGGUGGUCGGGAAAUUAUGACAAUCGCUAGAACUUAUAGUCAGACAUUCCUAUUGAGUAUAAUCAUUCAUCUUAUGGCAAGAAAAAAAAAGGAUUAACAAAUGUUUUUGAGUUAUUAUACGCUGUGACAUAGACUUAUAAAAGAGGAAAACGAAUUUUGGCAUCCUCCCUGCGAUACUUUGA